GAGGUGAUUGAGCAAUUGAUUGAAAUGUUGAUGCCUUCGGACCACCCCUCGCGCAGUCAUCCCACCGAUAUGAUGAUCAGAUAAAUAAAGUACCGAGCCACACGAGCGCAGUCGUCCCUCCUCCUCCUUUCCGUGUCCUCUCCAUCGCAUCGAAAAUAAAACAGAUACACAAGCCCGGAUCCUCCGUCAGGCCUGUUACUACAAGUCGCAACAGCAGCAGCAGCAACAACAGCAAUGGCAUCGGCAACAGGCAUCCCGGAGCAAAACCCGGCUUUGCAAGAGGAGGAACCUCUCCUGGGACGACCCGGAGACGUUACGCAAAGGCCAGGACAAGGACUGCAGUUCAACUUUGUCACAGGAACAGCCAUCCUCGCCCAAGCAGGAAUAUGGAUCCUGACCGCGCUCGUCUGGGCUGCCAUUUUCGAGCACGACUUCAUCUUCUUCUCCUACCACCCUUUGCUCAAUUCCGCCGCGACCCUGCUCCUCGUGCAGGGCGUGCUCGUCCUGCAACCCACCGCUGCCCAGAAAGACAAAGUCAACGGCGCAUAUGUGCAUUCUAUACUCAACACGUUGGGCGUGGCAGGCCUGAUCGCAGGGCUGGUGAUCAUUGAAAGGAACAAGGCCUCACACCCGGAAACUCGCUUCCAGAGCAUCCACGGCAAGAUGGGACUGGUCGCGUACAUUCUCAUCUUGAUCCAGUGGUUGGUCGGGUUUGCCCAGUUCUACACGCCCCAGGUAUUUGGCGGCGUGGACAAUGCAAAGGCACUUUAUAAAUAUCAUAGAGUCGCAGGGUAUAUCAUACAAGUGUACAUCUUGGCUGUCAUCGCGGCCGCCACGCAGACGUCGUUCAACCAGAAUGUUCUGCAUAUCAAGUUGUGGGCGGUCAUUGUGGCCGCCAUUUUGGUCUUGAUGGGUGUCAUCCCUAGGAUUAAGAAGCAUAAACUCGGCUUCCGGGUCCAUGAUCUGAGCGGAUAGUGCUUUGCGUCUUUUGUUUGUGUGGUUUUUGGGUGACGUGUGCGCAUGGCAUGCGUUGAAGAAGAGUGGUCUCUGUUGCUUUUGAAAGUAUCGGCGUCUAAACAAAAUGUACGGGAGUCAAAAGGAGGGGGGAAAUCCGUAUUCCUACAAGAAGCUAUCGCUUUACUACGUAGUACGCUUAUGCCUUGCAUGAUGGUCAUGGACGGGUUCUGGAAAACUGAGUAAGACAGCUAGUAAUUGAUAACAUCUGGUGGCACGCUUACAA